CACCGCUUUUACCCAUUUUACGUCAUUGGCCAUAGCCCCGGUGCACAUAAUCGAACUCCCUCAGUGUGGCUGGGUGUGUGUAGCGAGAGAGGGCACAGGGUGGCCCUCUAAAUCAGGGUAGAUUCAUUUACACUACAUUUACAUACCACAUAAAAUUAAUGAAAGGGGAGAUCUAAUAAUUAUUUCUCAGUAUUGAGUGUUCUGACGUGAACUCACCGGGUUGUCGGAUAAGGAAAAUGUCAGAUCCCACAGUGGCUGAUACUCGCCGGUUAAAUUCAAAGCCUCAGGACCUGACGGAUGCUUAUGGUCCCCCCAGCAAUUUUCUUGAAAUUGACGUUUAUGACCCACAAACUGUUGGAGUCGGGCGGAACCGUUUCACAACUUACGAAGUCCGUAUGCGGACAAACCUGCCGAUUUUUAAGUUAAAGGAUUCCAUUGUGCGAAGAAGAUACAGUGACUUUGAGUGGUUGAAGAAUGAGUUGGAGCGAGACAGCAAGAUUGUAGUGCCGCCCUUGCCUGGGAAGGCACUGAAGAGACAGCUACCUUUCCGUGGGGAUGAAGGCAUUUUUGAAGAGGCUUUCAUCGAAGAGCGACGUGUGGGUCUUGAGCAGUUCAUCAACAGAAUUGCAGGUCAUCCUCUCGCUCAAAACGAGCGCUGUCUUCACAUGUUUUUGCAGGACGAGAGCCUUGACCGUAACUACAUUCCCGGAAAGGUAUGAAAUCCAGUGAUCCAGAGGCGAGAUGUGCAUAGCACCGGCCAGAACCCGUCUGAUUUAUCACCUCGUCCCGAUAAAGCAUACAGAGCCCUGUCCCCGUCGCAGCCGCAACCACCUCUGACAGCUGCCUCUGUCUCUCUAAUGCCUUGUACUGUAUAUACAUGUAUAUUCUUCUAGAUACCCCAGCAACACCGGUUCACGGCCCUCCGCAGCCCUAUAAUGUUUGUGUAGCCAAGCACACUAAAUGGGGUGUGUUACAGGGAAGUUAGUACAUUGUUGCAGAUUUACACAUAAACAGAAAUUAGAUUUUCUUUUUAAAAAUCUGUAUCUGACUGAAUUUUCCCCCUAAAAAAAAAGCAUUGCAUUUGACACUGUAGUUGAGUCCACCUCUAUGUAUCAAUUCCAGCUAUGCCUCAUAAUCUGCCCAACCUCCCAGCUACAUUUGUUUCACUCGUCUUUGUCCCUCCCUCAAUAAAUUAUUUUCUUGAAUGAUUUAAUUCACAAAUCACAAUCUCUCUCUCUAAUGAUCUUCAUCCAUAGAAUACUGGCUGUGUCUACGUGUAAAGUAUAUAUGAUAGCUGUUUGAGAGGAAAUUGUUAUACUCUCUCUGCCCAGCAUAGCCUAAAGGAUUAUAUGUUCAUGGUUCUGUAAUUCCAGUUCAUGGGUUACCCAUUUUUUUUCACACAUCAAUAAUUUAAAAAAAAAACUAUUUCUGUCAUUCCUUCUGGAGACGUUUCACUUUUGUAAUAGUCUGAUUUCUUACAUUAUGAUUGAAUACUUAAAGGUUUUCUCUGUCCCUUGGUACCCACAGUAACCAAAAUUGUUUCUCCAAUUGUAUGAUUAAAAUCUCUGAUGGAUGUCAGUAAACAAUGGUACCUUCCAAAGUUAAGCAAAAUGUAGCAUCAUUGGAAAUAAGUUUUUUAAAGGGAGGUCUUCCCAUACUUUUUCUCUUAACAUGACAUUCCAUGUUUCUUUGCAUUUUCCAUUCAAAUAAGAAUUUGUGGCUUUCCAACAUGCUCUCAUGCAGUUAGAUUUUUCUAUUAUGAUUACUUUUUCUUAUCAGAUUUUUUUUCUAACUAUGUUUGCCUUGAAUUAUUCAUUAUCAGUCUUUGCAUCGUCUUCAGUCUGUUUAUGGGAAUGUAAUGUCAGGUAAUCAAACCACUGUGAAAACAAGGGACUGAUGAAUAAUCCACACAUUUUUAUUGAUAAAGAAGCUUUUGGCAUGAAGUUUAUUGACCUAAAGUAUUUCUUGAAUGCCUUUUUUGUCGUAUGUAUUUUGUCUUCAUUAUUAUCAUUGUACAUUUAAUCUCCGUUUUCAGAAGAGCUGCCUUGUUUGUACCAUAAAUAAAAAUCCCUCUACCUGUAGGGCUAUGUCCA